AUGGAGACGGAGAGAGAUAAGGAAAGAAUGAUGACGAGGAUGUCUUAUUCAUCUUCUUCGCCUCCGUCGUUUCCGUCUUCUGCUUCAUCGUCUGCUGCGUCGUCCCUCGCCGCGAAGGCAAUUCGAGCAUCUUCUGCGCACAGAGACUCUUCUCUUUCCUCUGCCUACUCGUCUCCUUCUUCUGCUCCUGUUCCAACUCCUCCCAAGGAAGUGAAGCCUCAUGAGUACACGUCCAUGAAAAGCUUGAACGAACCAAAACGAAGCUUCUGGGGAAGUCUAGCUAGUAAAGCAAAGGCUCUUUUGGAUGAGGACGAUCCUCAUCAACUGCCUCGAAGUCCCUCGAAAAUGGAGCAGAACAACAUGCCUUCUUCCACUUCAGGAACUAAGGAAGCUGGUCAGACGGGUAGGAGAACCGAUAAUCCUUCGUUACAAAGAAGCUUAGACGCCAUCACUUCAUCGUUGAAUUACAUUGGUGGCACCAUUGGCACUGCAGUUGAGGAGGGUAUUACAGCUGUGGAGACACGUACCGCAGGGAUCAUUCAAGAAACACGUAAAAAGAUUAAAAAGAAGCCAAGUCUUACUCGGAACCAGCAGAAUCCUGAGGCACAAGCAGAUUUGGAGAUUCAACUAAAGGCUUCUCGCGACGUUGCAAAUGCAAUGGCUGCCAAGGCAAAGCUCCUACUCCGGGAGCUGAAGAUGGUGAAAUCUGAUCUUGCCUUUGCAAAGCAACGAUGCGCACAGCUUGAAGAAGAGAAUAAAGUUCUGAGGGAGAAUCGUAAUGGUGAUAGCAGCCACACAGAUGACGAUGAUAUGGUGCGACUUCAACUCGAAACAUUGUUGGCUGAGAAAGCUCGGUUGGCUCACGAGAACUCGAUAUAUACACGCGAAAACCUCUACCUGAGAGGAGUAGUCGAAUACCAUCACCUCAAAAUGCAGGAUGUGGUCUACUUUGAUGAGAAGACUGAAGAAGUUACUGAGGUUUACCCCAUUAACCUCACUUCAAUGUCUUCUUCAUCAGAUGGCUCUCUCACUCCUCCAAACCCAAAGUUCUUGGAGCUCAAGUGA